CUUUCCCGUUGAGAACCAAACAGCCCGCGAGCUUUGGAAUACGUCAGCUCCGUUUCCUGUGUUACAGAGGAAGGGGUUGUGGAGAAGAAACUUGUUUUCUUCACCAUGGAAGCAGAAAAAGAGAACAUGCAGUCAGGUUUGAAACCCCUGAGGAGUUUAACAUUACUUCGAAGGCAUAGGACUGAGAAUGACAUGAGCAUAGAAGAUUUUUUGAGAGAGGAUAACCAAAGUCAUGGAUCGCAACAGCCCUUGUUAAAACAAAAUAGAAGCACUGAGAAAACUGUAAAAUGGAGGGAGUUACAACCUACAAAUGGGCAAGAGGAAUAUUAUGUACAAAAUGAGGAGCAGAGAGAGACUGGGCAGGGAAUCUAUGGAAACUACCAGCCAAGAAUGCCAAUGAGCAAUAUGGUACGGCUCAGAUCAGUACAGGCAGACAUUCCUCAUGAGUCAAAAUCAGUUAGUGGUGGUGAUCCAUCACUGAAUGUUGGCAUGGAUGAACAAAAUUUUCGUAAGGCAUUCAGAAGACGCAGAUCAGCACAAGCAGACAUUUCCCACGAAGCAAAUUCAAUGAGAGGUGGUGAGCCAAUGCUGAAUGAUGGCAAGGAUGAACAAAGCUUUCAUAAUCCAUUCAGAAGGCUAGGUCAGAGAAGAAGGUCUAGCCUAUUAAGUACCCAUGAAGAUGCAAGCUUGGACAACAAUGCCAUUGCACCAAGUACUUCAGCUUUGACCUGUUCUUUCCAACCAAGCUUAAGGAGGAGAUCUAAACAAUUAAUGCAAAAUAUAGAAGAGUUACCACAAGGGCAAGAGGAAUUUUCAUCUCAACAGGCAAAUGUAGAAAAAGAAUAA